AACUCUUUCAAGGCACUUGCUUGUUAGUUGGAAAGAGCCGAAAUGCCCUUCCCACCAAACACUCCAUCACCAUGUUUCUUCUACUUUUCGCUUACCUCCAUCCUUUUAAUUGCCUCCCAUCUUGGAUACAUCACAGGCACUGCAGCAGAUCACACCUCCACCAUUAUUGGGGCAAUCAUUGAUGCUAAUUCUCGUAAAGGUAAAGAGGAAAUAACCGCCAUGAAGAUAGCUGUAGACAAGUUCAAUAACAAUGCCAAGAAUCAUAAGCUCUCUCUUGUCUUCCGGAACUUCACCGGAGAACUCUACCGGGCGGCCUUAACAGCUGAAGAAUUGAUUAAAGAGAAGAAAGUGCAAGUGAUUGUGGGCAUGGAUACAUGGCAGCAAGCAGCUUUAGCUGCUGAAAUCGGAAACCAAGCUCAAGUACCAGUUCUUUCAUUGGCGGCAUCCGCGAGUGUCCGGCCGUCGAGGCAGCUUGGAAGGCCCACCCUGGUACAAAUGGGCACCAAUGUUUCUGAACAAAUAAGGUGCAUUUCAGCUAUCGUUCACUCCUAUCACUGGCAAAGGGUCAUCGCAAUCUAUGAAGAUGAUGCGUACGGUGGCAACGCUGAGAUGUUAACUAUUUUAUCUGAAGCUCUUCAAGGAGUUGGAUCGGAGAUCGAGUACCAUUUGUCUCUUCCUCCCAUAUCAUCUCUAUCUGAUCCAAGAGGAGCUGUCCAUCAAGAGCUCUUGAAGCUUCUGAGCACACAAUCCAGGGUUUUCAUUGUUCUUCAAUCAUCAUUACCGAUGGCUAUCCAUUUGUUCCAAGAAGCAAGGCGGAUGGAUUUUAUGGGGAAAGACUCAGCCUGGAUAAUUACAGAUAGCAUUUCAAGCUUCCUGGAUUCCAUGGACACCUCCGUUAUCCCCUAUAUGGAAGGGGCUCUAGGAAUCCAGUCCUACUAUUCCAAAUCUAAUAGGCCCUUCCUAGAAUUCUCUGCCCAGUUUCAGAAAAAUUUUAAAUCCGAAAACCCAGAUGAAGACAACGCCCAGCCGGGAAUUCAUGCACUACGAGCAUAUGAUAGCAUUGCUGUCAUCACACGGGCCCUGGAGAGAUUAGCUAGUGAUGAUGCUAAUACUCCAAAUAUGUUGUUAAAAAAUAUAUUAUCAAGCAACUUCAGUGGUUUAAGUGGCAACAUUAUUUUUGAAGGGGGUGAUCUAUCAAUUUCAAAUUCGUUGCCAUUCAGGAUUAUAAACGUUGUUAGAACGGACUACAAGGUUCUUGAUUGUUGGACGCAGGACUUGGACAACCCUUUCAGCAGAGAAGGUGGAGACAAAAAUAGCAGUAGAAACACCACAAAGGUUUUGGAUGGUCCAGUGAUUUGGCCUGGGUACCUAAAACGUGUCCCCAAGGGAUGGGAAAUGCCCACUGAUGCAAAACCAUUGAAGAUUGGAAUUCCAGCUAACACCUCCUUCGACAAGUUUGUGAAGGUGGACGAAACUCAAAUGGAAGCCGAGAAAAGAUAUACUGGCUUCUGUAUUGAUAUUUUCCGCCAGGUGUUAAAAAUUUUGGAGCAAAAUUACUCUCUACCCUACGAGUUCUAUUCAGUUGUUGGCACAUACGAUGAGCUGGUUGAUUGUGUUUACAACAAGACCUAUGAUGCUGUGGUUGGGGAUGUGACCAUACUAGCCAACCGUUCAAAAAAGGUGGAAUUCACACAGCCAUAUGCUGAAUCAGGAUUGGUGAUGAUACUACAAGUAAGGUCUGAAGAACCUCACAAGGCAUGGAUGUUCAUGAAGCCUUUCACAAGGGAAAUGUGGGUAGUCACUGGUGCCCUCUUGGUCUACACCAUGUUCAUAGUUUGGGUACUGGAGUACCAAUCCAACAAUCCGGCAUUCAGAGGCCCAUGGAAGAGUCAGCUUGGGACAGCUCUUUGGUUCACCUUCUCUUCUCUUUUCUUUGCUCAUAGGGAGACAAUUCGUAGCAAUAUUACUCGAGUAGUGAUAGUGGUGUGGCUAUUUGUUGUCUUCGUCUUAACCUCCAGCUACACUGCUAGUCUUUCUUCAAUGCUCACUGUCCAACGAAUUGAACCCAAUGUGAUGGAUGUCGAAUGGCUAAAAGCUACCAAGUCUGUGGUUGGUUGUGAUGGUGAUUCAUUUGUGAGGAAAUACUUGGAGAAUGUGAUUAAAUUUAAAGGGCCUGAUAUCAAGAAUAUUAGCAACCAAUACCAAUAUCCUGGCGAAUUCCAGAGUGGGAACAUCUCAGCUGCCUUUCUUGAACUUCCUUAUGCAAAAGUUUUCAUCAAUCAGUUCUGCAAGAAUUACAUUGCCUCCGAACCCCUCAACAGAUUCGGAGGAUUAGGCUUUGCCUUUCAGAAAGGCUCUCCACUAGCUGCUGAUGUCUCUGAAGCCAUCCUAACCAUAUCUGAGGAGGGGAUUCUAAAAGCAUUAGAAGAUGAGUGGUUUCCUCGUUCUGCCGAGUGUUCCACCACCGAAACUGAUGAACUGAGCCUCCGGAGCUUCUGGGCUCUCUACCUUUUAUGUGGCGCCACUUCCACCCUCUGCUUUCUACUGUUCUUCCUUCGCCUGCUCAUCGAUUUUAAACGCCACCAGGCAUCCAGAAGUGAUGCAAACCCAAAUGAUGAAAGUGUCUGGAUGAAGACCGUUCAAUUAGUACAUUUCUUUCAUAGUGGACAAACUGAGAUUCCUAAUGAAAGACCGUCAAAUUUGUCCCCCCGUCUCACUGGAGAUGAAUGGAGCACCCCAAGGUGGUCAACAGUGAGUUCUUCUGAAGCCCCAGAGCCUCCUGAGGCCCCGGAGUCUCCUGAGGCCUCUCCACCAACUGCAACUAUGAACUCAAGGGUGAGCCCUUCUGAUGAGCAUGAGCCUCCUGAGACCCCUCCCCCAACUGCAACCAUGUAGACUUGAUAGAAACAAGCUGUUGAGCUUAUGUUCUACUAGUUUACUCAGCUUGAAUGCAUAAUUAGUUUUUUUUUUUUAAAUAAAUGUUGUAAGAUCAUUUGCAUAAGGAAUAUCCUAUCGUUAAGGUUUCGUAUGUA